UGCAGAUGUAUGAAUCACAUAGAGUAGCCUUGGCUGUUUUUGAGGGAAAGUACAUAUAGCUGCAACCUGGGCCUUAUCCAAAAUUCCCUCAGCUGGCGAAGUCUCUUCAUUCACAUCAGGCUUAGUAAUUCUUUUAUUUUGGGGAGAUCACUAUUUUCAGUGAUGAAAAGGUAGUUCAGUCCCAAAGCCUGUUCUUCACUUAGCUUCUUUACUAGCACCCAACAAAUAUGCUUACUAUUGCAAUGGCAUUGUAGAGAUGUGGGAAGUUGCCUGCUGACAAGGAAAGUAAAACCACUAAUUUUGUUUGAAGUGGAACACAAGGCAGCCAGCAGAAGUUAACUACAACUGCUAAUGGAGUUAUUUUGAUGCCAUUAACUAUCCCAUUAGGCCAGUCCCAUGAUGAUGCAUGUGAAUUUUUAAGAGACUUUCUUUCUACAGCUCAUUUUCAACAGUUCCUUUAAACUUGUUUUAGACUUCGUGUUUGGUAAACAUUACCUCUGAGAUAUUUUUUUGUCUUUUUGUGUGAGUGGGUGUGUGUGCAAGAGCACGUGUGUCUGAGGAGAAGAGAGCUAUGGGAUUUCUCAUGUUUGAGGGAAACAGAGAACAGCAGACUCUAUCUGUAUAGUGCCCAGUAAUAGAUGCAUGGGAAUGUACAGUAGGUAUACUAAAGUUUUUAAGUAAACACCAUAUUUUGAAUGCAUAAUUUAGGAAGGAAAACCUUUUUUUUUUUGUUUUGUUUUGCAGAUAUACAGAUCAGCUCUCAAAAUGUCUUCUGUGUCUUCCGUGCAUCUUCUAAGACAAUUGCAUUAGCCCGCCUGCUAGUUGACUAAUAGAAUUAAUAAUUGUAAAAAGCACUCUAAAGCCACAUGCCUUAUGAAGUCAAUGCUGGGUAUGAUUUUACAAAUAUGGUCCGGAAAAAGAAUCCCCCUCUAAGAAACGUUGCUAGUGAAGGUGAGGUACAGACCCUUGAGUCUACAGGUACUGAAAGUGAAGAGUCUGGAAGGAAGAAAGAGUUUUCUGCAGAGCAGAUGCAAGAAAACACUGACCAGGGUGAUGCGGCAGAGUUAAGUAACAAGGAGGAACUUUGCAUGCAUGUCCAAGAGCCAUCUUCCAGUGUUAAAAAGGACUUGAAAAGCUCAGUGCUGAGUGAAAAGGCUGGCUUCAAUUAUGAAAGCCACAAUAAGGGAGGAAAUGUUCCAUCCUUCCCUCAUGAUGAGGUGACAGACAGAAAUAUGCUGGCUUUCUCAUCUCCAGCUGUUGGGGGAAUCUGUGAGCCCUUGAAGUCUCCUCAAAAAUCAGAUGCAGAUGACACCCAAGAUGUGGUCUGUACCCCGUCAGGAGAUGCAGCGGAGACAAAUGAGGAGCAUCGGCUGUCGCCAAAAGCUUCAGAUGAAACAGUGCAAGUGCAAAGUGGUCAAACUGAUGGCCAAGGCUCGAGCCCGGUCCCCAUGGCCUCAAAAAACCCACAAGUGCCUUCAGAUGGGGGUUUAAGGCUGAACAAAUCAAAAGCAGAUUUGUUGGUAAAUGAUAACCCAGAUACAGCGCCUCUGUCUCCAGAGCUUCAGGACUUCAAAUGCAACAUCUGUGGGUAUGGUUACUACGGGAACGACCCCACAGAUCUCAUCAAACACUUCCGCAAGUACCACCUAGGACUGCACAACCGCACCAGGCAGGAUGCUGAGCUUGACACUAAAAUUUUGGCUCUCCACAACAUGGUGCAAUUCAGCCACUCCAAAGACUUCCAGAAAGUCAACCGCACUGUGCUUUCAGGGGUACUGCAGGACAUCAAUUCCCAGAGGCCUGUCUUAUUAAAUGGGACUUACGAUGUGCAGGUCACUUUAGGUGGAACCUUCAUUGGAAUUGGGCGGAAAACUCCAGAUUGCCAAGGCAACACCAAGUACUUCCGCUGCAAAUUCUGCAAUUUCACCUACAUGGGCAACUCCUCCACUGAACUAGAGCAACACUUCUUACAGACUCACCCAAACAAAAUGAAAGCAGCCCUUCCCUCCUCUGAUACUGGUAAAACUUCAGAGAAAAACUCCAAUAAAUCCAGUCCUACUCUUCGACCAUGUGAUUCUGGAGACUUGGGGAAGUGGCAAGACAGAAUCACUGUAAAAGCAGGAGAUGAUACGCCAGUUGGAUAUUCGGUGCCCAUCAAGCCAAUAGAUUCCUCUAGACAAAAUGGUACCGAUACAACCAGUUACUACUGGUGUAAAUUUUGCAGUUUCAGCUGUGAAUCGUCCAGCUCUUUGAAACUAUUAGAACAUUACAGCAAACAGCAUGGGGGAGGCCAGGCAGGAAGCCUUCACCCAGAUCUGAAUGAUAAGCUUUCUAGGGGAUCUGUCAUUAACCAGAAUGAUCUAGCCAAAAAUGCAGAUGGGGAGUUAGUGACAAAGUCAGAAAAGGGUGCGAGUGUGGCAAAAAAGAAAGACUUGAGUAGCAAAGGAGCAGAGGACAGCAUGGUGACAAGCUACAACUGUCAGUUUUGUGACUUUAGGUACUCAAAGAGCCAUGGCCCAGAUGUAAUAGUGGUGGGCCCACUUCUCCGUCACUAUCAGCAGCUACACAACAUUCAUAAAUGUACCAUUAAGCACUGUCAGUUCUGUCCCCGAGGCCUCUGCAGCCCAGAAAAGCACCUUGGAGAAAUUACUUACCCAUUUGCUUGCAGAAAAAGUAAUUGUUCCCACUGUGCUCUCUUGCUUUUGCACCUGUCUCCAGGGGUGACAGGAAGCUCUAGAGUCAAACACCAGUGCCAUCAGUGCUCAUUCUCCACUCCCGACGUGGAUGUUCUCCUGCUCCACUACGAGAGUGCACACGAAGGCCAAGCAUCUGAUGUCAAACCAGAAACAAACGCCCUGCCAGGGGCAGAGGGGCCGCUGACGCUCAAGGAGAACAAAGAACACUCAUGUACCAAAUGUGACUUUACCACCCAGGUGGAAGAAGAGAUUUCCCGACACUACAGGCGAGUACACAACUGCUACAAAUGCCGUCAGUGCAGCUUCACAGCUGUUGACACUCAGUCACUACUGGAGCACUUCAACACUGUGCACUGUCAGGAGAUGGACAUCACUACAGCCAACGGGGAGGACAGUCAUGGCGCUUCGUCUAUCAAGGAAGAGCCAAAAAUUGACCUUAAGGUCUACAGUCUGAUUAAUCCAGACCCCAAAAUAGGGGAGCCCAUAUCUGACAGCAUAGUGAAGAGGGAAAAGAUAGAAGAUAAGGAAGUGCUCAAGGAGAAAGGCUGGACUGACAGUCCCAGUGAUGAUCUUCGCAAUGUGACCUGGAGAGGAACAGACAUUUUGAGGGGGAGCCCAUCAUACACGCAGACCAGUCUAGGUUUACUGACCCCCGUGUCUGUUGGCCAAGAGCAGCCAAAGCCUUUAAGGGAUAGUCCAAAUGUAGAAGCUGCCCAUCUUGCAAGGCCCAUUUAUGGCUUGGCAGUGGAGAGCAAGGGUUUCCUGCAGGGUGUCCCAGCCGGAGCAGCAGAGAAAGCCGGGCAGCUCACCCAGCCCUACUCUGGAUCCGGGGAUGGCAAGGCAAAAGACGAAUCCCAGUCCUUAUUACGGAGACGUAGAGGCUCGGGUGUUUUCUGUGCCAAUUGCCUGACCACAAAGACCUCUCUCUGGCGAAAGAAUGCAAAUGGUGGAUAUGUAUGCAACGCGUGUGGCCUCUACCAGAAGCUUCACUCGACUCCCAGGCCUUUAAACAUCAUUAAACAGAACAAUGGUGAACAGAUCAUUAGGAGACGAACAAGAAAGCGCCUUAACCCGGAGGCACUUCAGGCUGAGCAGCUAAACAAACAGCAGAGGGGUAGCAGUGAGGAGCAAGUCAAUGGAAGCCCCUUAGAGAGGAGGUCAGAGGAUCAUUUACCUGAAGGUCAUCAGAGAGAAAUUCAGCUUCCCAGCCUCAGUAAAUACGAGGCCCCAGGUUCAUUGACUAAAAGCCAUUCUGCUCAGCAGCCAAUAUUGGUCAGCCAAACUCUGGAUAUUCACAAAAGGAUGCAACCUUUGCACAUUCAGAUAAAAAGUCCUCAGGAAAGUACUGGAGACCCAGGAAACAGUUCAUCAAUAUCAGAAGGGAAAGGAAGCUCAGAGAGAGGCAGCCCAAUAGAAAAAUACAUGAGACCUGUGAAACACCCAAACUAUUCUCCACCUGGAAGCCCUAUUGAAAAAUACCAGUACCCACUUUUUGGACUUCCGUUUGUACACAAUGACUUUCAGAGUGAAGCUGACUGGCUGAGAUUCUGGAGUAAAUAUAAGCUGUCUGUUCCUGGGAAUCCACACUACUUGAGUCAUGUGCCUGGCCUACCAAAUCCUUGCCAAAACUAUGUGCCUUAUCCCACCUUUAAUCUGCCUCCUCAUUUUUCAGCUGUCGGAUCAGACAAUGACAUUCCUCUAGAUUUGGCGAUAAAGCAUUCCAGACCUGGGCCAACUGCAAAUGGUGCCUCCAAGGAAAAGAGUAAGGCACCACCAAAUGUAAAAAAUGAAGGUCCCUUGAAUGUAGUAAAAACAGAGAAAGUUGAUAGAAGUACUCAAGAUGAACUUUCUACCAAGUGUGUGCACUGUGGCAUUGUCUUUCUGGAUGAAGUGAUGUAUGCAUUGCAUAUGAGUUGCCACGGUGACAGUGGACCUUUCCAGUGCAGCAUAUGCCAGCAUCUUUGCACGGACAAGUAUGACUUCACAACUCACAUCCAGAGGGGCCUACACAGGAACAAUGCACAAGCUGAAAAGAAUGGAAAACCUAAAGAGUAAACCUUAGCACUUAGCACAAUUAAACAGAAAUAGGUUUCCUUGAUGGGAAUUCAAUAGCUUGUAAUGUCUUGUGAAGACCUAUAAAGCACUUCAUAUAGAGAGCAUGCCUUAUCCAAUAUUAAAUCCCUUGUUAUUUUCUUUUUUUUUCUUUUUCUUCUUAAUUUUUUCUGGUUUUGUUUUCUUUUUUUUUUUUACAUUUUCUUUUUUUUUUCUUUUUUUUUUUCUUUUAAAUGAGUGGGUUACCAAGAAAAAAGAACAGUUGGAUGGUGGCCAGAAGGGGAGGAAGAUAAUUCAGUGGGACAUGGCCCACCAAAGCUAGCCAGAAUGCAGUGAAUCAUGCCGAAUAACCUUGAGAAAAUUUUACUGGACAAUUUAUACCUUUGCUGUUGUGUAAGAGACAUAACUGGCAAGAGUGCAAAGAUGUGUAUAUGUAUAUACUGCUGCAGGGGUGUAGUGAACAUAUGCACAUUGUAUAUAAGAACUAGACAUGUUAAAUAUACAGAUGUUAAAAAGUCAUUUUCUUUUCUUUAAUUUGGGCAAAUUUCUGCCCUACAACAUGCCUUAGGAUCACAUUGUCCUCAGAGCUUUGGCAGCAGUGUCAUCUAUGUGUUUCUCAGACUCAGCUGAUUUUUAGCUACCAUUUUAUCACUACAUUCUUUCUGGCACACUUUAGUCUAGGAAAACCAUUUUGCGCAAGUGAAUUCUCUAAUACAGAAGCCACACUCCAGGUUUAAUUUGCAUAGAAUAAGGUAACCUGCUGUAUUUUAUUUUAAUAUAUUUUUAAUAUAUUACAUUUCUAAACCUUAAAGUCUAAGGUUACUUCUCCACAGGCUUAACAUUGCUAUACAUACCAGUCAAUCCCUUCAGUAGACUUAUACCAGCUUUUGCUAAGUAGCAUUAAAUGUCUUCAUAGUACUUUUUAAUACAUAAAGCUUUUUAAAAACUAUCCAUGAAGGGAAAGCUCCUCAGCAUAACUGCUCAGGGAAAUAGGGCUAAAUAACUAAAUAUUAAAUAAUUGGUUAAAGGUGCUGUUAGACGAGCCUCCAUGCUUGCUACAAGGGUGUACAAGAACUGACUUUAAUCAUUUUCAUUAUAGUGUCCCAACCAGUAGUUUAUUAUUUUGCCACAGGGAUGUAGAAGAUAUUACAAGCUACUGGAUGCACUGUCAGAUUAACUUAUUUCAUUAAAGAAGUUGGGAGAACAAAUAGAAAAAAAACCUUAUUUUUCUAGUAAAUAUUAAUGUAUUACAUUUCAAAUAAUGGUGCCUGACAUAUUGAAUAAUUAUUUUCUACAGUGUACGUAUGCAACAAAGAUAUUCCAUCAUGCAUUAGAGUCAGUUCUGGCUCUGCCUCGCUGUUUACAUUUGCAAAUGUAGCAAACAAGGUAAUGAAGCAACUAUUUCUAUUGCAGUAGGUAUCUUUUUUUCUGUGUGUGUGCAUUAAAGUUGUAAACGAUAACAUGAAAUGAAUGAAAUUUGUUGAUAUUAAUGGUAUGAAAAAUAAGAAGGAAAUGAAAAUAUUUUUAUGCCUACUUAGGAAAAAAGGGUAGCACUAUUCAUUCCAAGUACUUUUGUAUUCUUAAGCUCUUAACUCACAUUGUUAUGCUUAAAAUGAUAAACAUAUAUCCUCUUUUUAUUGCUUUGUCUGUGUUUCAGAAGAAACAUUUCAGAAAUUAUUUUGAUAAGUGCUGUUUGACGAUGCAGCACUGAUAUUUUAUUGCAUUCUGUAGUAGCAUUGCACUCCAUUUUUACAAUAUUAUGCAGUUGCUUUUUUGUUUUGUUUGGGUUUGUUUCUUUUUCGCAGUGCAGGGUCUUAGUUCCUUAUGGUUGGAUGGCAGGUGUAGCUCAACUGGUUCAUGAAUGUUGCAGCGAAUGAAGUUUAAAAUGUCUUUCUGAUAUUAUGUUGUCUUUUAUUUCUCCAUUCAUGCAUUUUAUUUUUUAAAAUGUUCUAUAAAAAUAUCUCUGGACUCAAAGUCCUCUCUUGAGAUUAUAUGUAAAGGGUCCUAUUCUGAUCUCACUUAACAUGCCGCCUUUCUCAGAUUUUCAUGUAAUUGAACUAAAGCAUCAUAAAGAAAAAAAAAAAAAAGUUCUUGUAUUUAACUUACCUGAGUCUCACCACUCUCCCUUCUAGUAUUUGGUGCACUUAUUAAGAUACUUAACCAGAUAAAUAGGGAGGUGGAAAAUAAAAGGAGAGGUGAUAGGAAAUUUCUUAUAGGGGUUGGCAAAAGGAAAACCAGGAGGGAACUGGCCUAAACAUUCAGCACUUUGAUAGUCUUUUGAGAAAUAAUGUGCCUAAAGCAGCUGGCAACAAAUAUCACCAAGCGUGAGAGGCACUUACACAGUUGAUCACCAAAGGUCUCACUGACCUUGGCAGUAUUUAGGUGUUAUAUUUUCACAGAGGUGAAACAUUAUUGCACAGUUUCUCUGAUUUGUUAGGCACAGACAGGCUAUUGUUCAGCAUUAGGCUGCAUUCCUUCCUGCUCCACCCAUUGCUUCUUUACUGGUGAGCAGCAUAUGGAACGUCCCACUCAAUCUGCUGUGGUUGAGUUCUGUAACCCUUCAGUAGUGUUCUAGGUUAGCAAAGGAUGUUGGGCCACAUUCUUCUUCUUCUUCUAUUUUUUAGAUGAAUCUCCAGCUUGAUACCAGUGACAAAGUCUGGUUAUGUUUUUACUGUUGUUCUCCAGUAAUAAGUUCUGACUUGGUUUUUGUGGAUUUAUUUUUGUUGGGUAUUUUCUGUUUCUUUUUUUUUUUUUUCUGUGGGGACUGAAAUAGAUUGCCCUCGUUUCGUUACGUCAGGGUCCAGUGUGUGUCCUUUUCAGCUUUUCCAAGGAAGAUGUUAUACUCAGCAAGCAGUGAUUUUUAUCUGCUUCAAAGGUAGCUGCCUGCCGACCUUCAGUAGUUACUGGUUCGACUUACUUCACUUAAGACCCACCAGUUCCUCUGGCUUCUUCAUUGACAGAAGCUGCAUCUUCAUGGCAAAAUAUUUUAGAGGGACAUGUGCAUUGUAAGACUUGAGCACUACCCUGAACUUCAUAACACUUCUUGCUAAACUCAGAAGCAGAGGCAAAUUAACAGGAAAUACACAUAUCAGGGUUUGGGGAUGAGGAGAAAUGAAAUCUUAUGAGUGCAAAGAACAAGACAGAGUUUUGAGUGUUACUAUUGCACACCUAGAUGGUGCAAAUAAAAUUUGAAAAAACAUUCAUUGUUCUUGCCAUGACAUAUUGAGAUGUUCUAAGAUUUCUGCUUUAUAAGAAAUGGGAUUUUGCUGUAGCCUGUUCUCUUUGAUCGGGAUAGGGGGAGCACAGUUUUGUUUCUUAACAAAAGAGAGGUGACUCCAUCCAUCUUCCAGACCCCCUCACAAUGGGUACUAAUAAGAAAAAAAAAAUAAAUCCUGACACUGGAAAAGAAUAAUCUCAUUUAAUAACUUUCAGAUGGAAACCAAUGUUAGCACACACAAGUAAUUACUGCACCCACUGUGUUUCAACCAACUUACAGCACUAAAAAUUGAACUUUCAAAGGAUCAGUCUUUGUUCUCAAUUUGUCAGCUUCAAGGUGGUGAACUUCUCUUGCUAAAGAAAUGGUAGUUUAAGAUCUUAAAACGUGUCCCUGAUUGGACAACCAAAUAAGUAUAUGUUUAAAAAUGAGAGGAUUUGUGGUGCCUGUCACUAAUCAGAUUGUGGAACAGGCACAAUGUUUCCAGUAACUCUCUGUAUAGAUGGAGCCAUCCUGUGACAUCAUCUGCAAACCAGAUUGUCUCCAAGCUGUCACUUCAUGGCUGCUGCCCCCUCAAUGCUGCAGGAGAUGAAGAUGUUUCAGAGCACAGUUUCUGUUCAGGUGCUAAACUUAGAGUACUUUCCAAAAGGUACUUUGCACCUAAUUGCCACUGUGCUGAUGAAGCUCUUCCCGUAAUUUUUCAUGGACUAUCCAGAAAGGGGGAAAGACACUGGAUGCACAUAUCUUGGUUUUGCCUAAAAAAGGCACUAUUGUCUAUUGUGACACUUUUAAAGAGAGAAAAAAUUGAGACAUCUCAAAAGUUUGAGACACACUGUGUACAACAGAUUAUUUUUUUGCAGUUAGAGGGGCAGCAGGACAAGUGACUGAUGCUAAUUGUAUACAGUGCUGAAACAUAGUGAUUGUGCAAUGGGAAAAACUGAUUUGGCAACUGUGGAUUAGUACUCAGUUCAGGGACAGACUUUCAAGUCCACCCUUGGACUGGACACUGUUGUUUUGUAGUCAUAACUACUUGCUUUAUGUGCUAAGGAUGUUGUCUACCAUCUGCUUUUUUGCCCAGUAUGUCCAAAUAUAUUCUCAUUUUUGCUCCUGUAUUGAUUUUUCUUGGCUGACUUAACAUGCUAAUUCCUAAUACUGGUCAGGAAAAGCCAAGGAGAUUAGAAGGUCGCUUCUGUGCAGCCAGAAGGGUAGAUAUAUUUCCUUCUGCUUCUGUGGAGACAGUUAUGCUUGGCAAAGAGCAGUGAGUAAUUUGUCAGCAUAUCCCAAAUGUGAUAGAUAAGUGAGAAAUCCCUUCUAAACUUUUCUCUAAAGUUAAGAUGGGCCAAGUAAAAUUAUUUACUUAAUUUUUCUCACCUCAGAAUAGGAUUCUUCACUACCCUCUUCUUCACAGUUUUUAUUUCAUUCAGCCAGCUCUGGAAAGCUGGCAGUUGGGGAGAUGCUACCUGUAUUCUGAUCACACACACCCCAAUUUACUUUAAGAGGAUAAAAGACAAUAAUUAAAUGGCUGACAGCCAGAUAAAUACCAGUUUCAUUUGAUUCUUUGUUACACUUGGUAAAAUUCCUUUACUAGGAAAGUAAAACUACACUUCAUAAAGUAAAAACAUCAUAACAACUAUCACAGUUUUCCAUUCCUAUCAUUUUGGCCUCUGAGCUCUGUGUAGGAGAACAGGAGAAAAGGAAACAUCUCAAAAUGCCAUUGUAAAUUUAGCUUAUAGAAAAUUCACCAGCAGGAAAAAAUAAAAAUAAAAAAAUAAAAAAAAAAUUACUUCAUAAAGAAUGACUUCAUGUUGCUAAAAACCAUCAUUAAACUUGUAGCCCUGAUUUGACUCUAGAAUGCUGGCUCUUAAUGUUUUGUCCUUACAACACAUGGAUGUGUUUUUUGUUCUGUUUUGUUUCGGGUUUUUUUUGUUUUGUUUUGUUUUUUGGUUUUCAUAGUGCAUGUUCAUUUCUACUCACAAACAUGUUCUUGGUGUAUUUCUUAUGCAAACAAUCUUCAGGCAGCAAAGAUGUCUGUUACAUCUAAACUUGAAUAAUAAAGUUUUACCACCAGUUAUAAAUCA